CCGCGGGGCUCCGCGGCCGCCGCCGGGCCCCGGGGCCGUGUCGGUGGUCGGCAGGGCGCUGUGGAGCGUGGAGCGGGCCGGCAAGGGCCGGCGCUUCGAGCGGGCCGUCGGCGUGGACUGCAGCUCGCCCGAGCCGCGCUGCAUCUGGCUGAGCAGCCUGUGCCGCGCCGGGGCGGCCGCCGAGCGCCCGCGGCCCCGCGCCGCCCCGGCCCCGCAGCGGAGCCGCGCCGGGCGCCGCCGGCCGACGCCGGGCCGGAGAGAUGGGGCCUCGCCGAACGACAACGCGCCCCCCGAGGAGCCCUUCCCCUGGGCGGGCCCGAAGACGGUGGCGCUGCGCAAGAGCUCGCAGGGGGGGUUCGGCUUCACCCUCCGCCACUUCAUCGUCUACCCGCCGGAGUCGGCGGUGCUCUCCUCCGCCAAGGAGGAGGAGAACGGCAACCGCGCGGGUCCCCCCCGCAGCCGCCUGGAGCCCAUGGACACCAUCUUCGUGAAGAGCGUGCGGGAAGACGGGCCGGCGCACCAGGCCGGCCUGCGCACAGGAGACCGGCUGGUCCGGGUGAACGGGGAGAGCAUCAUCGGGAAAACCUACUCGCAGGUCAUCGCCCUCAUCCAGAACAGCGAUGACAUGCUGGAGCUCUCCAUCAUGCCCAAGGAUGAAGACAUCCUCCAGCUGGCCUAUUCGCAGGACGCCUACCUGAAGGGCAACGAGCCGUACUGCGGGGGGGCCCAGAGCAUCCCCGAGCCGCCCCCCGUCUGCUACCCGCGCAAGACCUACCCCUUCCAGGCGCGGGCCGCGCCGCGGGAGGCGAUGCUCGCCGAGCCCCCCCCGGGCCAGCCGCCGGACCCGCGCGCCUCCCGCCCUCCCUCCUCGUCCCCCCCCGGCGGCGCCCGCAGCGAGGCCUCCCGGGAGCCGGGCAGCGGCGGCCCCGCGCCCUGCACCGACGAGCUGCCGCCCGGCACCGUGCCCCGCGGCCGGCCGGGCUCCGGUCCCCGCGCCGCCGCCUCCUCCCCGCCCGAGCGCUACGGCGUCCCGGCCAAGCACCUCGCGGAGCAUCGGACUCACGGCCCGGCGGUGCCCAGCCGGCAGGAGUGCCAGCAAGCCCUGUGCCGCUGGUUUUGCAGCCGGGAAGCGCGGCGGAGCGCCUCGGAGGAGCGCCGGCACGCCAUGCCGCCCCGCUGCCGCAGCGUCUCCCACGACCGCCUGGGCGGCGCGGCCCCGGCGCCCCACGGCUGGCCCCACAGCGCCUCGCACGACACCCUGCUGCAGCCGCCCCGCCAGGGCUGGGCGUACCGGGCCCGCUCCGAAAACCACCUGGGCGGCUACGGGCGUCCCGCCGAGGCGCCGGAGCCCGGCGCCCUGCUCUCCCCGCGCUCCGCCUGGCCGCCCGAGAAGCUCUGCCGGGCCGCGCCGGCGCCGGCGGCCGCGGGGCAUCCCGGCCAGCACAGCUGCGCACCUUCCUCCUCCUCCUCCUCCUCCUCCUCGUCCCGCGAGCCGGCCGUGCAGAAGCACCCCUCGCAGCCCAACCUGCCGAGCGCGGACGACGGCGGCUACAUCGGCUACCGGAGCUACAGCCCCUCCUUCCAGCGCCGCACCGGGCUGCUGCACGCGCUCUCCUGCCGCGACCCCCGUUUCGGCGGCCUCCCCACCUUCAGCGUGCCGCAGCGGCCGGGACCCCAGCCCGCGCCGUGCCCGGACAGGGCGGCCCCCCCGCGCCCCGGCCCCCCACCCGCCGAGGCGCCCGCGGCCCAAGGGCCGGCGAAGGCGGAGAGCGGCACCCGAGCACCGGAGCCGCCGGCCGAGGAGCGCCGGGAGGAGGUGGUGCUCCGGCAGAAGCCGCCCACGGGGCGCAAGAUGCCGCCUCCGCUGCGGCAGAUGAACUUUGUCUUCCCCGACGACGCGAAGGAGACGGACAUUUGCGACCCGCCGGCCGGUGGCAGAGGGGAGAGGCCGGUGGCCGAGCGGCCCGGCCGGCGCGUGGCCCCCUUGGCGGCCCCGGAGGACUCCCUGGCGUCCAUCCCGUUCAUCGACGAACCCACCAGCCCCAGCAUCGACCUGAAGGCCAAGCACGUGCCCGCCUCCUCGGUGGUCUCCAGCGCCAUGAACUCGGCGCCCGCCAUCAGCACCAGCCCCUCCUCGCCCACCUUCGCCUUCGCCCUGGGCCGGCACUACUCGCAGGACUGCAGCAGCAUCAAGGCCAGCCGCCGCUCCUCCUACCUCCUGGCCAUAACGACCGAGCGCUCCAAGUCGUGCGACGACGGUCUGAACACGUUCCGGGACGAGGGGAAGAUCCUGAGGAGGAUGCCGAGCCGGGUCCCCAGCCUGCGGAUGCUGCGGAGCUUCUUCACCGACGGGUCUCUGGACAGCCUCGGUACGUCCGAAGACACCCGCUCCAAAAGGCACUCCACCUCCGACCUCUCGGACGUCACGUUCAGCGACGUGCGGAAAGAGGGCUGGCUCCACUUCAAGCAGAUCCUCACCAAAAAGGGGAAGAAAGUUGGCGGAGGCAUGCGGCAGUGGAAGCGCGUCUUCGCCGUUCUGCGCACCCACUCGCUUUACCUGUGCAAGGACAGGCGGGAGGCGGUGACCUGCGCCCCACCACCCCCAGGUGAGGAGGAGCAGCCGAUCAGCAUCCGAGCGUGCCUGGUGGACAUUUCCUACAGCGAGACCAAGAGGAAGCACGUCUUCCGGCUGACGACCGCUGACUUCUGUGAAUAUCUCUUUCAGGCAGAGGAUCGGGAAGACAUGCUGGCCUGGAUCAAAGUCAUCAGGGAGAACGGCAAGGCCGAGGGCGAGGACCCCGGUUUUGCCAGCCAGGCGCUUAUCAACAAGAAGUUAAACGACUACCGGAAAGUGAGCCCCUCCGGCGCGAAGCCCGACUCGUCGCCCAAGGGCUCUCGCGGGCUGGGGAUCAGAGCCGAGUUCCUGAAGCCGACGGGAACCAGCGCGCCCCGGUCCCCGAGGCAGGACGCAGCCGUCACGAAAGAUGAGAGCAGCUCCCAAAAAGCCCCUUGGGGCAUCAACAUCAUGAAGAAGAACAAGAAAUCCACCCCCCGAGCCUUCGGCGUGAGGCUGGAGGACUGCCAGCCCGCCCCGGACAACAAGAACAUCCCCCUGAUCGUCGAAGCCUGCUGCAAGGUGGUGGAGGACCGAGGCCUGGAGUACAUGGGCAUCUACCGGGUGCCCGGCAACAACGCCGUGGUGUCCAGCCUCCAGGAGCAGCUCAACAAGGGCGCUGCCGAGAUCAACCUGCAGGACGAGCGGUGGCAGGAUCUGAACGUCAUUAGCAGCCUGCUGAAAUCCUUCUUCCGAAAGCUCCCCGAGCCCCUCUUCACGGACGAUAAGUACAACGACUUCAUCGAGGCCAACCGCAUAGAGGACGCCAGCGAGAGGAUGAGGACCUUGCGGAAACUGAUCCGGGACCUGCCAGGUCACUACUACGAGACGCUCAAGUUCCUGGUGGGCCACCUGAAGACCAUCGCCGACCACUCGGAGAAGAACAAGAUGGAGCCCCGAAACCUGGCGCUGGUGUUCGGCCCCACGCUGGUGCGGACCUCCGAGGACAACAUGACCGACAUGGUGACGCACAUGCCCGACCGCUACAAGAUCGUGGAGACCCUCAUCCAGCACUCCGACUGGUUCUUCAGUGACAAAGAGGACAAGGGCGAGAAGACGCCCGUGGACGAGAAGGAGGCUCAGUCCGUGCCCAACAUCGAGUACCUGCUGCCCAACAUCGGCAGGACCGCGGCGCCCGGUGACGCUGCAGACUCGACCCGCAGCGGCUCGGCGCAGCCCAAGGGCACGUGGCCGUCGCGGAGGGAGCCGCGGCGCCGGGAGCUGCUCGCCAUCCCCUUCGUCUCGGCGGCCACCCGCAAGCGGAAGAAGCGGCGGGAGGCCGAGUGCCCGGGCAGCAGCACGGACGACGACUCGGAGCACGGGGACGCCGAGAGCCGCCAGCCCGGCGCGGCCGCCCAGCCCGCGGCGCCGGAGCCCGGGGCCGAGCCGGCGCCGGACGCCCGCUCCAUCGUCUCGGGCUACUCCACGCUGUCCACCAUGGACCGCAGCCUCUGCUCCGAGGCGCCGUCGGCGGCCGAGAGCCGGGGCGAGGAGGCGGACGACGAGCGCAGCGAGCUCAGCCACGUGGAGACGGACACGGAGAGCCCGCGGGCGGCGGGCGCCGCGGUGGUGCCGGUGCCGCCGGGGCGUCCCUGCUUCAGCUCCCGCCGCCUCGUGCCCUGCGACACGCUGGCCCGCAGGAAGCUGGAGCAGCUGCGGCUGCGGCUGCGCGCCGACGACGCCGGCGUCCGCCUGCGCCGCGCCGCCUCGCCCGAGAGCCGCCGCAAGAAGAGCAGCUGGCGCCGGCACACGGUGGUGGUGGCACCCGGCGGCCUCAGGGACCUCAACUGCAACGAGUGGAAGGAGCAGCGGGGCCCGGAGGUGCCCCCGGCGCAGCGCCGGGGCGACAGGGACUCGGGGCUCAGCAGCCUGGAGUCCACCAAAGCCCGGCCGGCGCCGGCGCUGCCCCCCGAGCCCCCAAGCCCCCCGGGCAGCCCCGGCCCCCGGGCUGCCGGCCCCGGUGCCCCCCUGCGCUUCCAGCGGCCUCUCUGACCGCCCCGGCCCCCCCCGCGCCUCCCCUCCGGCUCCUGACGGCGGUGGGGGGGGACAGCAGCGUUUAAUUUAAGGACUCGUUUGUUCACGUAUUUAAUUGUGCUCUGGACAAGCUGCUUUUAUUUAACGGUCCCUCGUGCUGUGGGUCUCUGUGGCCCCCGGCGCGGUGCCCCCCGCCCCGGCGCUCUCCAGGCUGGGCCGAAGGGGCGGGGGGGUCACGGAGGUGCAAAGCCGGCAUCGGUCCCCCGAAGGCCCCGAGCCCCCUGCCCAGGGCCGCGCACAGCAUCCCCUCCCCGCCGCGGCCCCGUGGUCGCGUCCCGGGAAGCACCAGGCUCCCCCGGGCUGCAGCGGGGCCGCUCGGGGCCCCGGCACCGUCCCCUGCGCUGGCCAACGCGGGGCGGCCGGCGGUGCGGAGCGCGGGCGCUUCCCGGGCGCCGCGGCCGAGGCUUCCUCCCUGCACCGCUGCACCCGGGCUGAGCCCCGGCCCCGCAGCCCGGCCGGCUGCUUGCGGGCGAGCGGGUGCUACGAGCGGGGAUGCUCCCAUCCAUCCGGCACCGCCGGGCACCGGCAGGGCCCUUUCCCGGCUGCCGCGGCCAGUGCUGGGGCGCAUCAAGCCUCUGCAAGGCUCAGCCUGCGGCAACCCACCGCCGCUCCCCACUCGGGGGUCCGCGCCGCCGCCUCCCCAGCCCCUUCCAGCUCGAAAUGUCUCCACUCACGUUUCUAACACCUCUUUCACAACCAGCCCCCACCCCCCCUCCCGGGGCUUUCCCCCCCCCCGGACGGCCGCAGCCAAGGGCGAGCGGUGCAGCGGGACCCUCCUGCCCGCCGCGGUGCCGCUUGCGCGGGUGCAGCGAGCCCACGCCGCGGUCCGGGCCCCCGGGAACGCAUCGCACCCGGGUUCGGCGACAUCGGCCCCCAAGGCAGCGCAGGGACCCCAGCGGCCACCCCGCCACCCCGCCAGGCCUCGGGGGGGGGGGGGAUCUAAGUACAAGUCACUGUUGCUCAGUUACGCGUUGUCCUCAUACGUUAUGCAAAUAUUUGCUGUAAAGUUCUUUUUUUUUUUUUUUUUUUUUUGUAAAUAUUGUCUCUAAAUGUGUAACAUAUUACAAAGGAUUUAUAAGGAUUUUUUAAGAAGUUUUGCUCAGUUGAAAGACCAGCCGCGACCACACGAGGUGCUGGACCAGUGUUGACUUUUUAAGCCCUUCUGCAUGUGUUAUUCCCCCCUUGACGUGUUGUAAGAGUGGGACGUGUAUCCGGUAUAUGCAAAACCGCAAAAAACAAAAAAACAAAAAAACAAAAAACCCCCACCAAACUGACCCCCCCAACAGAAACGCCCCGCUUUGGAAAUCGUCCUCCCACGAGUCCUGGUCUAUAUAUUGGAAAUAAACUGGUUAUCCAAGGA